UUUUUUUUUUUUCCUUUGGUUGUUUCCUUUAGCUAAAAUAGAACGAGCAAAUGCUGUUCUUUGUCAGCUUUAAGUUCUUAUUUUCAUGGAAAGGAAUUUACACUAUUGCCAUUGCUUCCUUCCUUGUGUGGAUUUUUAAAGACUACCCACAUUGGAAAUCGCAGCAUGAGAGAUCAGAUGCCAUAAAAAAGCUCGGCAAAAAUGAGAAUGUCGGUUUCAAGCACUCAGUGACAGCAGCUAAACAAAGCAGCCGAACACAAACUGAUGGUGCAGGCGCUGCGGCAAACAGAAAGAAUCCAUCCAAAGGAGAUGAAAAGCUAUCUAUCAUUCAUUAUUCUUUAUUUUUUCCUGUGGUGGUGCGAAAAGGCAUUGCCAUACCUCGAUGACUGGCUAUUUGCAUUUGUCACUAUUACCAUACCCAAAGCAUAUGAGCAAACAGAGCAAUGGUGGCUACAACGCGGAAAGCCUGCUUAUUUGAAACGAAAAGCUUACAUAAAGCAAGUGAUUUUUCCAAGCAUAAUUGACAAACUUGAAAAAUUCUUUCUAAGUCUCUAUAAAGCAAGUUGCGUUGCACAAAAUGGGAUUAAAGAAUUCGUUGCUGCUCUGAAUAAAUUCAUAAAACGACAUGACUGGCAGCAGUUGAUGGAAGACCUAGGCAACAUUGUGUAUGAUCGCUUCUGGAUCCCUUCCACCUUAGUAUUGACAAGAGCCAUCAAUUUGUAUAAAUUCAUUUACGCCGGUAUCCGUGCUACUGUCAUAUCAAUAGUUAACGAAGCAAAGUGGAUUUGUACAGUAGCCAUUCCUACAGCUUACCAAUACAUCGUUUCCACGCGGUUAGCAAAAGCAGUAUAUAAUGGAUCAGUUUGGAUAAAAGAGAAACUGCAAUUGCUUUUUACGCUGCUUAAUACAUACAUUCUAGCACCGACCGUUGGGCGGUUGUUGACAGGGAUUGUGAAAGCAAUCGAUAAGCUUAUUUUACUAUUACAACAGCGUACAUUUCAGAAAAAACUGGCCAAGCUGUACAGAAUUUAUGGGCCUAAAUUAGUGUGGGUGACAGUUGAAAUUAGUGGAAUUCUUUUUGAUUCAAUGGCACUAGUUCGCCAUUUUUGGGCUGAAUUGCUUUACCCAGCGUACCGACUCUUCGUCAAGCAUGUCAAGCCACGACUGUCCAUCGCUUAUAAAUCAUUCGCUACCUGCAUUGAUCAUUGGCUUAGAUCCAAGGUUUUUCCUGCGUGGAUUAGAUUGUAUCCCUACCUCAAUAUACCACUAUUCUGGGUGUACAUGAAUUUAGCAUUGCCAUUAUACUGUGAAAUUUACACAAUUCAAAGUACCGCAGCGGCAUGCAUAUCGCAAAACUUAGCAGGAAAAAUCUGGUCGGUAAUGAGUACAAUUAUCGAACUUGUAGCGGUUUACGCCAAAGAAGUGUAUACACUGCUCCAAUUAUGGCUUAUGAAACAAGCUCCUGUACUUUCACGCAUAUUACAAAAGUCAUAUGAGACUAUCAGAAGUUCUUGCAAUUGGACUUCUUUGCAACAAGAUAUCUUGUACACAGCAAGUCAAUUUUAUGAUUGGAUGGCUAAGCAAAUCAACAACAUUUACCUCUCUAUGGAACGAUCGUUAAAUUCGUGGGUUGAGGAGCAACAGGAAGAAAUUGGUGAUAUAUCCCUGGAAAAGCGAAAAGAAGUUGGUUCAAACGAAAGUUAUUCAGUGGAACCUAAUCACGGCUAAUGUGGACCCUUCCUUCGCAAUAUAUCGUUGAUGUCAAUGUAUGUUAGUCUUAAAGUGAAUGUUUUCUUAUAAUUCCAUAGAAUCAUUCUUCUCUUUUAUGUUUAUUGUUUAGUCUAAAGAUGAUAGCCUUUCAUCUAUGGACAUAAAAAGGAAUUCACUGUCUUUUUUUCAGGAUGAGGGUUGCAUUCCAAGCAUACAGUCUCCGAGCAGACAGAAAAGCAGCAUGAUGUCUCAAUCCAAGUGUUUCAAUAAAGUAUGGGUUUUCUUCGCGAUUAUAUCGUGUGAUGUGAGCUAGUUUCAUUUUUAGGAAAUGGAUACUAAAAAUCUAUCUAGCACCAAAGAAAAACUAUGUUUUCGGGUGAAC